UUGGAGGCCUUCGGCAAUGCCAAGACCCUCCGCAAUGACAACUCCUCCCGAUUUGGGAAGUUCAUCCGGAUCCAUUUUGGGGCCACCGGGAAGUUGGCAUCAGCUGACAUUGAGACCUACCUCCUGGAGAAGUCCCGUGUCAUUUUCCAGCUGAAGGCUGAGAGGAACUACCACAUCUUUUACCAGAUCCUCUCCAACAAGAAGCCAGAGCUGUUGGAGAUGCUUCUCAUCACGAACAACCCCUAUGACUACAGUUAUGUCUCCCAAGGAGAGGUGACUGUGGCCUCCAUUGAUGACUCUGAAGAGCUGUUGGCAACUGACAGUGCCUUUGAUGUCCUGGGAUUCACUCCAGAGGAGAAGAACUCCAUCUAUAAACUGACAGGAGCCAUCAUGCACUUUGGCAACAUGAAGUUCAAGCAGAAACAACGGGAAGAGCAGGCAGAACCAGAUGGCACAGAAGAGGCAGACAAGUCAGCUUACCUAAUGGGGCUGAACUCAGCUGAUCUUCUCAAGGGGUUGUGCCACCCUCGGGUCAAGGUGGGCAAUGAGUAUGUCACCAAGGGGCAGAAUGUCCAGCAGGUGAUUUAUGCUGUCGGAGCCUUGGCCAAAGCUGUGUAUGAAAAGAUGUUCAACUGGAUGGUGACCAGGAUCAACAAUUCACUGGAGACCAAGCAGCCACGGCAGUACUUCAUUGGUGUGCUGGACAUUGCUGGCUUUGAAAUCUUUGAUUUCAACAGCUUUGAGCAGCUCUGCAUCAACUUCACCAAUGAGAAGUUGCAGCAGUUUUUCAACCACCACAUGUUCGUGCUGGAGCAGGAGGAAUACAAGAAGGAGGGCAUUGAGUGGGAGUUCAUUGACUUUGGCAUGGACCUCCAGGCCUGCAUUGACCUCAUUGAGAAGCCCAUGGGGAUCAUGUCCAUCCUGGAGGAGGAGUGCAUGUUUCCCAAAGCCUCAGACAUGACCUUCAAGGCCAAGCUCUUUGAUAAUCACCUGGGCAAGUCAGCCAACUUUGGGAAGCCACGCAAUGUCAAGGGGAAGCCAGAGGCCCAUUUCUCUCUUGUCCACUAUGCUGGCACAGUGGACUACAACAUCAUCGGGUGGCUGGAGAAGAACAAGGACCCUCUCAAUGAGACAGUGGUGGGGCUCUACCAGAAAUCUGCCUUGAAGCUCUUGGCCAACCUCUUCUCCAACUAUGCUGGAGCAGAUGCUGGUGGUGAUGGAGGGAAAGGGAAAGGAGCCAAGAAGAAAGGUUCCUCCUUUCAGACCGUCUCAGCACUGCAUCGGGAGAACCUCAACAAACUGAUGGCUAACCUCAAGACAACCCACCCUCACUUUGUCCGCUGUAUCAUCCCCAAUGAGCGGAAGGAGCCAGGUGUGAUGGACAAUCCCCUGGUAAUGCAUCAGCUGCGCUGCAACGGGGUGCUAGAGGGCAUCCGCAUCUGCCGCAAGGGCUUCCCCAAUCGCAUCCUCUAUGGGGACUUCCGACAGCGGUACCGCAUCCUGAACCCUGCUGCCAUCCCUGAGGGGCAGUUCAUUGACAGUCGCAAGGGUGCUGAAAAGCUCCUGGGAUCCAUUGACAUUGACCACAACCAGUACAAAUUUGGACACACCAAGGUCUUCUUCAAGGCUGGGCUGUUGGGACUUCUGGAGGAGAUGCGGGACGAGCGCCUCUCCCGCAUCAUCACCCGCAUCCAGGCUCAGGCCCGAGGGCAGCUCAUGCGCAUCGAGUUCAAGAAGAUCCUGGAGCGCCGAGACUCACUGCUGGUGAUCCAGUGGAACAUCAGGGCCUUCAUGGGGGUGAAGAAUUGGCCUUGGAUGAAGCUCUACUUCAAGAUCAAACCCUUGUUGAAGAGUGCUGAGACAGAGAAGGAGAUGCAGAACAUGAAGGAAGAGUUUGGGCGGCUGAAGGAGGCCCUGGAGAAGUCGGAGACCCGGCGCAAGGAGCUGGAGGAGAAGAUGGUCUCCAUGCUGCAGGAGAAGAAUGACCUUCAGCUCCAAGUCCAGGCCGAGCAGGACAACCUCAAUGAUGCUGAGGAGCGCUGUGACCAGCUGAUCAAGAACAAGAUCCAGCUGGAGGCCAAGGUGAAGGAGCUGACAGAGCGACUGGAGGAUGAGGAAGAGAUGAACGCAGAGCUGACAGCUAGGAAGAGGAAGCUGGAGGAUGAGUGUUCGGAGCUGAAAAAGGAUAUUGAUGAUCUAGAGCUGACUCUGGCCAAGGUGGAGAAGGAGAAACAUGCCACUGAGAACAAGGUCAAGAACCUCACAGAGGAGAUGGCUGGGUUGGAUGAAACCAUUGCAAAGUUAACGAAGGAAAAGAAGGCCCUGCAAGAAUCUCACCAGCAGACGCUGGAUGACCUGCAGGCAGAGGAAGACAAGGUCAACACCCUGACAAAGGCCAAACUCAAGAUGGAACAGCAAGUGGAUGACCUUGAAGGCUCCCUGGAACAGGAAAAGAAAGUCCGGAUGGACCUGGAACGGGCCAAAAGGAAGCUGGAAGGUGACUUAAAGCUGACCCAGGAGAACAUCAUGGACCUGGAGAACGACAAGCAGCAGCUGGAGGAGAAGCUCAAGAAGAAAGAAUUUGAGAUCAACCAGCAGAACAGCAAGGUUGAGGAUGAGCAGGCUCUGGCUCUGCAGCUCCAGAAGAAGCUGAAAGAGCUGCAGGCACGGAUUGAGGAGCUGGAGGAGGAGUUGGAAUCACAGAAAGAGGCCAGGUCCCUCAGCACUGAGCUCUUCAAGCUGAAGAAUGCAUAUGAGGAGUCGCUUGAGCACCUGGAGACCUUCAAAAGGGAGAACAAGAAUCUCCAAGAGGAGAUCUCGGACCUGACGGAGC